AUGGAUAACCGCGGUUCCCUCGUAUUCUUCCUCAUCGCGAUAUAUCUUCUCCUCAACACCCAAACCCGUCCUCCGCUGAUCGAUCAGGAUCGAGAACAUCAGCUGGAAGUUUCCAGGGAGCGGCAGGCUCUUGGUUUGCUAAAUGAAUCGAGUUAUGGGGAUUUCCAGCCAUGGUCUGGAAAAUGGCUUCCUUUUACAGGAUUGAGGAGUAACGAUAGCUUUGCGUGGGAUGCUCUGCCGGAGGUCCAGAACAGGGCGCGUCACCAACUGCAGUCUGUUCUUCUAAAUGCCGGCUUAGAACCACCGGCGGCUCUGGAAGGCUCCAACACCUCCGAACCGUUGAAUAUUACUCAAUACCCUCUCCCUGUCUACCGCAAUGUAACAGGACGGCUACGAGGCGACUGGAUCCGGCAGGAGGAUGUCAGCAUUCAGCCUCGGCUCAAUAUGACGGCCCUCGCCCUGGAGAAUGACUAUAUCACCCAUGAUUUUAGUCUAAACAUUACCGGCGAUAGUGGGACUUUCUAUCUGGACAUGUUUGAAGGUUGCGGCGAAGAGGUUUGGAUUGGCGAUGGUCACAUUCGGGAGAUUAAGGGAAGUUUGGCCGUGGAGAGCAACAAUGUUCUUGGGAGCACAUGGUAUCUCUCCUUGUAUGGAGUACACUUCCCGGAAACAGGGGGUAUUAUCCUCACUACGUCGAGCGAGAAAUUUGGCGGGCUCUUCUCAUUGCCACACCUCGCACUGUCACAAGACAGCUUCGACCUCUCCCAUCAGCUCCUCCUCAAAUCACUAUCAGACGCAAUAUCUGAGGAAGAGAAUAUCCCAGAACCUCUUUUCCCCUGGUCAUCUAUAACUGGAUCUGAAAUGGCAGAGUUCCCUGCUCCGAAAUGCGAGCACAUAGUAUAUCUGCAGCAACACCCGGUCAUGGUUGAAACCCAUUUGGCGGACAAGAUAGUUCUUGAACAGAUAGAACAAGAGAUCAGGUAUCCUACGGGGGCGCCGAUACCGUCACCACCUAACAUGGUCAUGUCAGCAGUCAUGUUUUCGCCUGAUUGCGGGUAUAUCCUCGAAACCAAAGGCGCCCCUGAUUACCCCCCUUCAGAAGUGCUGUACCUAUCCGGCAUGAAGAAAGAGCAAUUCAUCAAAUAUGCCGUACGGCUGAUAUUUUUAAUUUGCGCCGUAUUUUCUGCUCAAAUCAGUCUUCUUUUCAGGCAGAUGAAAGAAGCCUCUACGCCGUCCACGAAAAGCCGAAUCAGCUUUUAUACACUUGCUAUGAUGGCAUUUGGAGAUGCGUUUAUACUCAUAUUUAUUCUCUUGGAAUUAUAUUCCGAAGCUUCCUUCCUAAUCCUAGCAGCAACCUCGUUUCUUGCCUUCCUUUCGGUCAGUUACCUGGGGAUGAAGUUUAUGAUGGAAAUCUGGGCAGUUCAAGCGCCUGAGAGAAGAGAGCAGGACCGUCAAACUAGCUCGCAAACUUCGGCCGCCCGCCAAAGGACUCUGCCUCUCCCUGCAACUGCAGGAAGAGACACAGGUGCAACGCCAAUUAUUAUUUCCCCUGAUCAAGACACUCCGGCUGACGAGGACACACCCGCCAACCGUGAUUCUGCGCAAAGAGACCCACGGAGCGAUGUUGGAGCUAUGUAUGCCAGGUUUUACUUUAUCCUUUUGGUGUCGAUCUUUGUCUCUCUUUGGGCUUUCCUCUGGCCUAACCGGCUAGGAGCGUUGUAUGCGCGUACUCUCGGGUUUAUCUACCUUUCAUUCUGGUUCCCACAGAUUUACCGUAACGUCAUGCGUAACUGCCGCAAGGCAUUGCGGUGGGACUUUGUGGUUGGACAGAGCAUUCUUCGUCUGUUCCCUUUCAUAUACUUCUUCACAAUACAAGACAAUGUACUAUUCAUCCGGUCGGACUCGACUACCGCCUACACGAUGCUGGGAUGGGUCUGGAUACAGGUUUGGGUAUUAGUCAGCCAGGACAUACUCGGACCGCGUUUCUUUGUUCCCAGGGGAUGGGCACCACCAGCAUACGAUUACCACCCGGUUUUGCGAGAUACUGCUGAGUCGGAUAGAGAUCUCGAGUCUGGCGUUUUGUCUAUCGGUGCCCUUCGGGCCGAUGAACGAGAUCCAAGUGAAGUUAAGGAUCAGGAUAAGCAGCGGUCGAAGGAUAGAAAGAGGAAGAUCUUUGAUUGCGCUAUUUGCAUGCAGGAGAUCGAAGUUCCGGUUCUUGCAGCGCCGGGGGCCGCAGGGGGGAGUAGCAUGGCAGAUGGUGCUACUAGCAUCCUCAGUCGUCGGGCGUAUAUGGUGACCCCUUGUCGACACAUUUUCCACAGCACCUGUCUCGAAAGUUGGAUGAGAUUGAGACUACAAUGCCCGAUUUGCCGCGAAUCAAUACCCCCUGUAUGA